CGUCCUCCUUCGGGGAGCUUGAUAGACGGCGCUCGACUGGCAGCCCUGCAGUACGAAGCACACCGCGCGUAGUUCGCAGACGCCUCUGAUGCGGACUUUUCGGAACACUGAGAUUGCUCUCUGAUAAGAGAUUUUCAGUCGGCUGCGAUUUAAAUAUAUAGUUUAUAUUUUGUAACAAUAAGCUAUUGCUUUUGUGUGGAUCGAUUCCGACACAGGAACAAGCGGCAGGUUUAUAUCGCAGGUGUUUAAAAUUGAUUAAAGAGAAAGGGGGUCUGGCGAUAUCUCCAUUCUAGCUACUGAGAUCUGAGAUUCGGUUAGAAUUGCCGUUACAGGUCAGGCGAAAUGACUGCAGAAGAAGUAAACGCCGAAGGACAGCAAACGACCCAGAUGGAGGGGGAAGACAUUACCCCGAAAAAAGAUGGAGGAGUUUUAAAGUCAAUUAAGAAGGAGGGGACAGGCGAUGAAAAUCCUAUGAUUGGAGAUAAAGUGUUUGUACACUAUGUGGGCACAUUGCUGGAUGGCACCAAGUUUGAUUCCAGUCGCGAUCGGAGUGAAAAAUUCUCUUUUGAUCUGGGGAAAGGUCAGGUGAUUAAAGCCUGGGACAUUGGUGUAGCGACCAUGAAGAUUGGGGAAGUAUGCCAGCUCAUUUGUAAGCCUGAGUACGCCUAUGGAUCUGCAGGCAGUCCACCUAAAAUUCCACCCAAUUCCACACUAGUGUUUGAGAUUGAGCUGUUUGGGUUCCAGGGAGAGGACCUGACUGAUGAUGAGGAUGGGGGCAUUAUUCGCAGGAUUGCAACUAAGGGGGAAGGAUAUUCCAAAGCAAACGAAGGGGCUACAGUUGAAGUGAGUUUGGAAGGCACUUUUGAAGGCCGUGUGUUUGACCAGAGAGAGCUAAAGUUUGAGAUUGGUGAUGGUGAAAGUCUGGGCAUCCCUCCUGGGGUAGAGAAAGCUCUACAGUCAAUGGAGAAAGGAGAAGAAUCCCUUAUCACUCUCUCCCCAAAAUAUGGGUUUGGGACAGCAGGAAAUUCUCAGUUCAACAUUCCUCCUGAUGCAAUGCUUAAUUACAAAAUAAAGUUGAUCAGCUUUGAGAAGGCCAAAGAAUCAUGGGAAAUGAAUACAGAUGAAAAGCUAGAGCAGAGUGUCAUUGUAAAGGAAAAGGGAACCCAGUAUUUCAAAGAAGGGAAGUAUAAGCAGGCAUCAGUACAGUACAAGAAGAUUGUGUCAUGGCUGGAGCAUGAGUCUGGGCUGUCUGAAGAGUAUGAGAACAAGGCCAAGGCCCUGCGCCUUGCUGCUCAUCUCAACUUGGCCAUGUGUUACCUCAAGGUUCAGGAGCACAGCCAAGCUGUGGAGAACUGCAACAAGGCCCUGGAGCUGGACAGCAGUAACGAGAAGGCUCUGUUUCGUCGUGGCGAAGCUCUCUUUGCCAUGAAGGAAUUUGAGCAGGCCCGGGAUGACUUCCAAAAAGUUGUUCAGCUCUAUCCUAGCAACAAGGCCGCCAAGACGCAGGUGGUUGUCUGCCAGAGGCAAAUCAAGGAGCAGCAUGAGAAGGACAAGCGCCUCUAUGCCAAUAUGUUCCAGAAAUUUGCAGAGAGGGAUGCCAAGAAGGAAGCAGAAAAACAGAAGGACACGAAGAAGCAGGAGAACACAGAGGGCCAGAAUGGAGAUGAAAUGGACAUCGAUCAAAAUGAAACACAAGAGCAAACGGCAGCAUAAAUCAACAGCCUUUUUGUGUUGUUUUUUUGUAGCUUGUGAUUGUAGAAAGUUUUGUUUGUGCACAGAGGAGGGGAAAUUUGUCAAUUAGAUAUUACCCUAAAGAGAAAAGAAAGUGAUGCCCCCUCUUGCCCAGUUGUUAUGUUUAAUUUUUUUUUAUUAUAAUUGAUUUCCAUAUGCUUUUGCUGGGUGAUGCCUCUUUGCUUCUAUAAAUGCUACUCACUUUCAGCCCAACUGGAUUGUUCCUCUGUUGUUUGAACAUGCAUCCUCUCCUUGGGAAUGUCUAGUGACCUGAGAGCUGUGUCUUCGAGGGGCUCUGGGAAUACUAGUGCUAGUAGGUGGAGCUGCUUUGAUCUGUGCUUAAGGAGGAAUUUUAGCUAAAAACCACGAAUGUCUUGUCAGGCUUAUUUAAGCAGUCUCUUUUUGGAGGUAUGACAUUUUCCAUCCCAUAAACGUGAGAUGUUUCUGUGAUUGCUAUGGGUCUACAGAUUUGUGCUGCACAUGGAUCAACUAUUGAAAAAAUCAACUUGCUAGGUUCCUCUCUGGGCUUGUGAAAUCUGGUAUUGCUAAAUCUCCCAUAGAAUUCAAUUGGUGAAUUAACUUUCCCCAGUAUUUGGGGCUGUUGCAUACUAGCUGUCUCACUGCACUCUGGAGUUUACUGCACACUGGUGAUGGGUGGAGUCCCCACCUAUGUAUAAAGUGCUUAAAGAUGUUUUGAAACAAAUGCUAGGUUUCAUGGUUGGAUCAGUUGUUAGUAAAAAUAGUAAAAUAAUAGUAAAAAUAAAUGUAUUGGAUAAACACAAAUUAAAAUUAGAGGGGAGCACUUUGAUAUUUCACUGCUCUUUAAAGUUCACUUUCUGAAAUGUUUUGCAUUCCUGUUGCCCCAGUCAUCUUUUAUGGGGACAGUAAGGGGGAGUCACAGUACUAUAUUUUAAAUGUAAUUAUUUUCCACGUUAAGCAUUGGCACCCUUUAAGUCAAAUCAUAUCUUUCCCAGUUUUCCCGUGUCGUUGUUUAGACCACAGUUGUGGUGGUGAUACCAUUUACGUUUAAGUACAGUAUAUGUUCUUCAUAGUAAUGGGUUGCCAGGAGUUCUAGGAAAUUAAAGUACUUUGAGACACAGGCUGAAAAUUUGUUUGCAGUCCUAUAGACUUUCUUGUGGUGGGGAAAGAAUAGUUAAAUUGGAGGAUCACAGUGGCUAAUUUCAGACUUCACCAUCAGGUGUUUGUUUUGCUUGAGCAUAAAGUGUACUUGUGUAAGCUGUUAUUACUGGCAACUAUAAAGUUGCUUUAUAGUAAAGUAGUUGUCAGUCUAGGAGGAAAGCUACAGUAGGUUACUAAGCAGAACUGGCAUAAUUUUCCCCACUGGCAUGGAUUACUUUUCUACUUCUGAUUUUGUUUAAUUGCUUUUAACUCCAUUGAUUUUUGAUGAGCAGCACUAUCCUGCACUAUAUUGUGCAGAAGGUGGCUUUUGUCUGCUUUUCCUUUUGUAAAGUAUAUAAUUAUCAUUUUCUUUGUGUUUUCUUUCCCACCAAGAAAGGUUUCAAUACUGUUUUUUUUGUAAAGUUUAGACAAGAUUUCUUUGCAGCCUUCCUUCACAAAAGCAAGUUUGUUUCAGCUACCCCCUGUUGUCUCUACAGCUUUAACAUCUGACAAGUGUGAGGGUGUUAAUGUGUUCAUACAGUACCUCUGGCCAUCAGAUAUCUAGCAAUUAUAAAGGGCCUGUAAAGACCAAUGACUGUGUAGAGAGUUUUGUUGUUGCUUGAGGAUAGGUGGGGGCAGCCCAGGGUUGUCACAAUAACAUGAUGAAAGACGAGGCCAUGAUGAAAGACGUGGUAGAAUAUUAUAGUGGAGUGCAAUACCCGCAUGAAGUUAAGACAUUGUAACAUGCACCUGUUCCUUUCUAAUCUUAAUAUUAAAUUAGUGUCUCCCAGCAAUAUCUUUAAAGAUCUUGUUUCAUGAGUUUAUUAUACACUAGGUUUGUUGGUUAAUUACUAAUUGUAAAUGAAAACGGGUAAUUUUCAGUGUGCAGAUUUGUGUACAGUAUUAUGAAGAUAUCAGAGGAAAUUCUUCUCUAGAACUGUAUUUUCCAUAAGUAAACACAUAAUGGACACUAUUUUAACACUUCAUGUGGCUUAGAUUUUCAGAUAGUGCUGUUCAUAAUGACAUCAUUUCAGAAAAGGGUUUACCUUGCUAGGUUCUUCAUGUAAAGUUACCUUUAAUUUAAUACACAAUGUUGCGGUUACUUUCCUUGCUGUUAGGAUUUGCAUGUCUCGUUGCAAAAAAUCACAUUUUUAAAGAUUUUCUCUGGCAGCUUUCUAGCCUGUAUCCUCUCAGAGCAGACGGGUGAUGGUGAAGGGUAACAAUUCCAAAAUUCAUUUUUGAAAAUGUAUUUAUAAAUAGGUUCUUUGAGGUGUAUAUCUGUAUUUGAACUGAUUUUUAUUUUGUUUUUAAUAAAAUUACGUAAAAAUGUUA